AUGAAUAACGAGGGAAACAAUUAUGAUGAAGAGGGGAGGUUCAAUCCUCUAAUGGAUGGAGGGGAACAACAAUAUCCACCCGCUCCUCCAUUAGGGAAUCUUCAUGGGAUAACGGCGGACCAAAUUAAACUUCGGAUGUUCCCUUUUUCCUUGAGGGACAAGGCUAGCAUUUGGUUGCACUCUCUACCUAAUGAGUCCAUUCACAAUUGGAGGGAGUUGGCUCAAGCCUUCCUUAACAAAUAUUUCCCUCAUGGCAAGACUACAAAGUUGACUAAAGACAUACUUGAGUUUGUCCAAUUUGAAGGAGAAUCACUUCAUGAGGCAUGGGAGCGGUUCAAGGAUUUACAACGAAGUGUACCCCAUCAUCGGCUCAAUAGAGAGCAUGUUAUACAAAUCUUCUAUGAUGGGACGAAUGUCACUACCCGAGCUACUAUCGAUGCGGCUUCGGGGGGUUCACUUAUGCAAAAGACUUAUGAGGAAGCCCUUGAAUUGGUGGAGAAAUUGGCCGUGGUUAGUAGUACUUGGGGUCCUAUGGAAAGAAGAGCGCCACCUACUCAAAAGUCACUCAUGACUCUUGAUCAAGUGAGGGAGAUGGAGUCCAUAAAAGCCGCAAAUGCUUCGCUUCAAGCUCAAGUGGAUGCUCUCAAGAAACAAGUCGCUCCUAUGCAAAGAAACGCUCCGGUGGCUUAUGUUCAAGUAGGUUGGCAAGGCAAUGCUCAAGGGCCUAAUCAAGCGGGUCCAAGCUUCCAAGGUGGAAAUAGACCUCCCCAACAACAAGGAAAUUACCAUCACAAUCAAGGUCAUGGCAACAAUGCGGGUGCUAGACCUCAACAUCCUCCCGGGUUUCAACCUCAAAGAAACAUGGAUGAAGGGAAUAUGCUUGCUAAGUUGAUGGAUGAGCUUAGAGAGAUGAAGCAACUUCAAAAGAAUCAAGCCGCCACUAAUCAAAUGCUUGAGACUCAAAUCUCUCAACUUGCUAUCAAUCUUCAAGCAAAUGUGGAAGCAAUGAAUAAGGGAAAUGUGCGAAAAAUUGAUGAUUUUGAGCUCCCAGACUCAUGUCUUGGUCGAGAAGCCAGAGACAGUGUAUGUCUUGGUCGAGAAGCAAGGUCUGAAAUUGCUUCGUGCAAAAAUGACCUUCAUGUCUCGACCAAGACAUCCUCUUCUCGAUCGAGACAAGGCAAAAAUUUGCCAUGUCUUGAUCGAGAAGCUCAUGUCUCGACCAAGACAUGCUCUGUUGAGCCCAAAGUUGAUUUUUCAACCGUUUCUAAGGUCACUUUCGAUUCUAAAGAACUUGAUGAUGAAUACACGGAGGAGGAUGAACCUAAGCCGGAGAAUUUGAACAAGAGUAAUGGUGUGACUCCACCAUCUUCCGAGCUACCGCCAAAUGUAGAAAUGAAACCACUUCCAUCUCAUCUCCGCUCUCCAAGGAGCAAGAAAGGAGGGUUGUGCAAGUGGUAA